UGCAACAAGAGCUUCACGCGUCCGUUCAAUCUGCGGGCACAUAUGCGAGUGCACACGGCAGAGCGGCCUUACAAGUGCGACGUGUGUGCGUUGGCGUUCUCAAGAUUGCACGAUCGGAAUCGACACGCAAAGCUUCAUACAGGGAUCAAGCCUUUUGAAUGCCAGUUCUGUCACCAUCAGUUUAUUCGACCGGAUGCGCUCCGCAGGCAU